CCAACAUGAGACUUCACACAUUACCUUCGACUAUACUUAUUGUGCUGCUUUCUUUGAACAAAUGGUUUGUGAAUUGUCAUUCACCUCCUGGGAAGCCUACAAUAAUAGGUUGCCGAUCCUCAGGAAACGAAUCAUUUAUUUGCUGGUGGAAACCUGAUGCAGGUGGAGGGCCUCCUAAAAGUUACUCUCUACUGUACAUCACAGAAAGAGAUGAACAGCCCCAUGAAUGUCCAGACUACAUAUCAGCAGGCCCCAAUUCCUGUUACUUUGAUCAAAGACACACCAGGUUUUGGACAAGAUACAACAUCACAGUAAAAGCUACCAAUGACUUGGGGAGUAAUUUCUCUGAUCCUCACUAUGUGGAUGUGAGGACUGUAGUUAAGCCAGACCCUCCUGUGGAUCUUUCUCUGGAACUGAAACAGUUGAAUGAGAGAAACUAUGUGUGGGCAAAAUGGUCACCACCACCUCUAAUGGUUGAUGAUGCAGCAAGCUGGCAAACAUGUAAUUAUGAACUGCGAAUGAACAUUGGUGGAGGACAGGAAUGGGAGACUCAUUUUGUUGGAGAGCAAACACAAUAUAGAAUGUCUCAGUGGCAGCCAGAAGUGAAAUAUACUGCUCAGGUUCACUGUGUAAGAGAUAAUGGUGAAACAAGUGAAUGGAGUCCAGAAAGUCACUUCAAACUCCACAGUGGCCAACCUCCAGGGAAGCCAGAGGUAAUAAGAUGCCGCUCUCCUGAAAAAGAAACUUUUACUUGUUGGUGGAAACCUGGUUCUGAUGGAGGACUUCCUAACAAUUAUACUUUGCUCUAUAACAAAGAAGGGAAUGAAUACAACGAAUGUCCUGACUACAUAACGGCAGGACCCAAUUCUUGUUAUUUUGAUAAAAGGCAUACUUCACUUUGGAAGAUGUACAAUUUAACCAUAAAGGCUACUAAUGAGAUGGGAAGUGCUGUCUCUGAACCUUAUUAUGUGGAUGUGGCUAACAUAGUUCAGCCGGAUCCUCCAAAAAACCUGUCUCUGGAAUUUGAGAAAAAAGUAUAUGGUGAAUAUCUCUUGUUGAACUGGUCUCCUCCUUUGCUGGGUGAUGUCAAAUCUGGCUGGCUAACCCUUGAAUAUGAGUUGUGCAUAAAACCUGAAGAAGGACAAGAGUGGGAGAAAAUAUUUGUUGGUCAGAGAACAACAUACAAGAUGUUCAGUGUAAAUCCUGGUGAAAGGUAUGUUGCACAAGUCCGCUGCAGAUCAGAUCAUGGCUCGUGGAGUGACUGGAGUCCCAAAAGUUACAUCAAGCUCCAAAAAGACAUCAGAGUGAAGGAUAUACUUGUUUGGAUCUUUGUGGCUUGUUUAUCGUUUGCUGUAUGUUUGAUAAUGAUCUGGACACUGGCUUUGAAGAGAACUAACAUGGUGGCCCGCAUUCUGCCACCUGUUCCAGGUCCUAAAAUUAAAGGCUUUGAUGCUCAGCUAUUAGAGGCGGGAAAAACUGAAGAAUUACUGAGUGCUCUGAAUU